AUGUGGAAGGUGUUUGCAAUGACUUUGCGAGGAGCAGCUCAGGACUAUUUCCACACCAUGCUAUCUGAGUCGAUCAGCAGCUUCAAAGAGCUUGCUUAUGUCUUCACCAAAGAGUACACUUCUUACCGGAUGAUCAAGAAGAACCCUGACCACCUGUACAAUCUACGCAAGAAGCCUGACGAAUCCUUUCGAGAUUACAUCAAGAGAUUCAAUGCAGAAAAGGCCAACAUCGUAGGGUGCGAUGACCGAAUCGCAUCCUCUGCAUUCAAGAAAGGUCUUCCAGCAGAACACGAUUUAUACUGCGAGCUGACUAUCACUCCCAGCUAG